AUACUUCGAUACUUCGCGAUCCAGUCCUUAGCACAGAUUUUGAGCCUAUAUGUCGUUGAAUGGUACCCAACUCUCUCGAUCUCUGGGAUGUAGUCGAUCCCGAUCGCCAGACCUCUACGCGCCUGACCCGUCUAGUCUCGGUCUUCCCAGUCUUAAUCCUCUCGGUCCUCUACUUCCGCCAAGCCCGAUUCAGCUGUAGAAUGGGAUAGGAAGAACCGAAAAGCCCUUUCCCAAAUCAGUCUCGUUGUCGGACACCCCUCUUGCUAUCGUUGAAGAGAAGGACACGGGACUUCACAAGUCCUAGCUUGGUGACACUAAGCCCAUGGAGCCCCAGAUCAAUCAAAUGCGUGAAAUGCGCGCGCAAAUGGCCACAGAGAUCAAGAGAGUCAACCACCAUUCUACAGCGAGUCGCCCAUGUACGGUAAUUGCGGCCAAUCUUUUGAUGUUGAGGUCGGACUUGACAACGUCAUUGGUAGUGUCGUCAGACAGGUGGGCUCGAAACCUAUAAUAAGGACUAGAUCACGAACCCAGCUCCACGUCAGCGAACUGAGGGACGGGUAAAGUGCGCGAUAUUUAUGUUAGAACGCUGAGGUCCAAGCGCGUAGUGCGUAAGGCCAAAGCUGGCGAAAGUGAAUCAAAACGAGCAUCAAAGCGCGGCGUAAGGAUUGAGCGAAGAAGAAUAAAAGAAAGUAAUAUCCUG